AUGUUCCCUGCUCGAAGCUUCUACGAGCAGGACACCGUCAUCUCCAUUCCUUCCAGGUUCGUUCCAGAUCCACGGUCUCGGCGCUUUGGAGGGCGAACCGUGCUGGGCUUCUUUGCCGGCUCACCAAACUCCUGUGCCAGAAAAAGGCUACUCGAGGCACUUGCGGCGGAGCCUGGUUUCGAUGUUUCUACUAGCUUUGCCCAAGACGACCAGGACUACCGCGAGCGCAUGUGGCGAGCUCGGUUCUGCUUCGUCCUGCGAGGAUCCUCGCACACGAACAACGUUCGACUAUACGACGUGAUGGCACAUGGUUGCGUCCCGGUCAUCGUGUCUGAUGACUUCCAAGCUCCGUUGGACAGGCUGCUGCCCUGGAGGGAGAUGGCCAUCUUCUUGCCAACCAGCAGCAUCCCAAGGCUGGCACAUAUUCUGCGGCACGAGAUUACCAAGGCUGAUCGUUGGCGCUAUUUCCAAAACAUCGCUCUUGGCAGUCCUCAAGGUGCCAAAGGCUUCCCAGCUGACCUAGCAAUGGCAAAGAUCAUGGUAGCCACCAGGGGCUUGGAUGAGGAGACUUUGUGGAGUGGCCUGUCUGCCAGCAAGGUCUUCGAGUGGCAUGAGAGCCACUUCUGGAUGCUUUUCUACGCCGACGUAGCAUCCAAGCUGCGUGAUCGACUUGCUGCCCACAAGGCUGGUUGA